CGUCGGAGGAGCGAGAGGGUCGUCUGGAGAUCCCGGUGGAGGUGAUGGCGAAGUCGUAGUGUGAAGACUCCUCUGUCGUUGAAGAUCAUCCUGCAGGAAUAGCAUAAUGGCCAGAAUACACCUGCGCAUCUCCCCUCUGGUGGGCUACCUCCUCGCCCUGGCCUUCUACAGUAGUAUGAUGUUCCUCUCUGCCAUCAGCGAGAAGGAAAGAGGAUUCCUUCUCCUUGGACUCGGAGGAACCAGCUUUUGUUCGGUCGCCUAAGUCGUCCAGGAGCCAAAGCGACCACGUGGCGCUGCGAGACGCCAACGACUUCUACGUCAGGAUAAGCACGCUGAGAGACCAAGUGCCGGAAGAUGGUCCCGUUCGGCGGCACGUACUGCAAGGGGUACCUUGACAACGAGAAGUACGUGUGUUUGGAUGAUGACGUGAAGCCUAACUCCAGAAACUGCACAGUGUAUUCUUUUGGCGUUGGGGCUGACACCACCUUCGAUGACAUGGCGAGUUAUUAUGGCUGCGAUAUCUUUAUGUUCGACCCAACGAUCAACGGAUCGGAACUGCAAAUGACCAACUCGGAGAGAGAGGCCUUCUAUCCGUGGGGACUCAGCUCAUUCCAUUACAAACAAAACUUCAGCAUAGAAUAUGAUGGCAAACCAACGGAGAAGCUAGAGGGAGAGUUCACGACCUAUGAAGACAUCAGGAAGAGGCUCGGUCAUCAGAAGCGAGAUGUGAAUUAUCUAAAGUUAGACAUUGAGAACAUGGAAUGGUCCGUUUUGCCGCAGCUGGUGAAAGGUGGCCACUUGGACCGCGUGUCUCAGCUGGCCAUCGAAGUGCACACCAUGGACAUCAUCAAAGCAAGUCCAGAAAAGGUGCUGCCGCUGCUCCAGAGUUAUUGGCAGAUUCUGGUGAGUCUGAAACAGCUGGGUUUCCUGCGGGUGAGCCACCGCUUCAACCCCGUGCUCGAGACCAUCUACUUCGACCGCGCGCACAACCAGAGCAUUUCUACGUGCAUGGAGAUCCUCUACGUCAAGAGAGGGUUCAAUCGGCGUCGUCAUCUGCAGAGCCGCCUUCCUCUUCCUGAAGUUCCUUUGUAGAUGUUUUGGUGGUGUAGAUUUUUUUUUAAUUAUUAUUUAUU